GGCGGCCUGCGAAUGGUUGGCCGCCAUCUCAAAAGAAACAAAACGUGCCAUGAACGUUGGAUAGCGGAUAAAGCUCACUUUUUUUAUGGGUGAGGAUGAUGCCCUUAUGGCGGAUGCUCAUGGCCAACACCGCUUCAAGCAGAGGAAGGAGCGGUAUGAAUGGGUGAAGGACAAGAUGAAGGACGCCGGCUUCAAACACAGGAGCACUGAAGAUUGCCGCAAGAAGUGGUCGAACACGAUGCAGAUGGCGCUGCUCAUCGUCGAAAAGUGUGGAGAAUCUGGUCAGCCGUCGUAUUGGGAUCUGUCUGUGGAGGAGCGAAAGAAGAAGAAUCUCCCACUUUCGUUUGAGAAAGCGUUGUGGGACGCUAUGAAGUGGCAACUAAAUCGGUCGUCGAUGAAGUGUGACAAUACAAUGGCUUCGGAGAACCUGAUGGCGGACGGUGCAAAUGCAUGGAUGAGUGGAGGAUCGGGGGAGAGAUGUGCCGAGGACUCGGACAGCGCUGCGAAGAAGAGGCGGACGACCGACGGGAAGGUGCGGAAGGAAGAGGCGAGUAGCAGUGUCAGCCCGUUGGGGAGGGCCAUGGAAGAUUCGACUCACUCUUACUGCGAUGGCCUGGACAACGCGGCCAGUACUCUAGCCAAAGCCACCGCAGACGCUGGCGCUGCAAUCGCUGUUCGGAUAGAAGACGUGGUUGAAGCAAUGCGGGGUGGCAACACCGUCCUGGAAUUGCUGUAGGGGGUUCUCGCCCGCAGGGGGGCGAACGGCUAUGUGACACCCGCGGCCUAGGCCGUGGGCAUUUCGGCC